AAACAAAGAACGGUCUGAAUAUCUGUAUCAUCAACCCAAUAGAUUCAGAAUAAUAAUAAUAAAUAAUAAAUGAAUUGAAGUGGACAAAAGCGUGUUUAAAAAUACAGACAGACAGACUUUUAGUGUGAGAUAUUUAAGAUAAAUUAUUCUUUCAAUUUGAACAGUGAAGCCAUACCAUUUUAUUAACUUAUAAAUUAUCAAAAAGGACAGCAAAGUCCUAUCAAGUGUUAGUUAACUUGUGUUACUCUAAGCCAGUUAAAGUUGUCGUCACUUAAUUCUUUCCUUAACAAGAAGAGUAGGACAGGUAGUCUGCUAAUAAAACAGUAAUACACCUUUAAGAAGUCAGAAAUGUCCAAAGACAUUAAAAAGUACAUCAAAGAAUUUAUAAGAAAUGUUGAAACCUUAGAGAAUGAGGAAGAUACAGAGGGAAAUGGCUUUAACAGAGAAUAUCGGAUGAUACAUGAAAUACAGUUAAAAAAUCGGAAAGAAAAUGCUUUUACAAUGGAUGCUGGGAAAAAUGAAAAUAACGUAAAAAAGAACCGGUAUAAAGAUAUCUUACCUUAUGACGAGCAUAGAGUUGUGCUGAGUACUCUGGAAGGUGAAAAAGAUUCUGACUACAUCAAUGCUAGCAAACUAAUGGGUGUUAAAGGUACAGGUGGCUAUAUUGCCAGUCAAGGACCACUGGCGACUACAGUUAGUGACUUUUGGAGGAUGAUUUGGGAAAAUAAUGUGGAGAUUAUCUUCAUGGCCUGUCGAAUUGUUGAACUGGGAAAGAUCAAGUGCAAACAGUACUGGAAUGACGUUGGCAAAUCUGAAGAAUUCCUGGACAUAUCUGUUUUUACUGAAUCUGAAGAAGAAAUAGCUUCAGAUUUUAUUCAACGAAAGUUACAUGUAACAAGAGACGGCAAGACCAGACAUGUGACCCAGUUUCACUAUUCUGGCUGGCCAGAUCAUGGCAUACCUGAUGACCCUGCUCAUAUACGGGACUUAAUUGGCAUCAUGAGGCGCACCAGAGUUAAUGAUGAAGCCCCACUUCUUGUUCAUUGCAGUGCUGGAUGUGGAAGAACUGGUGCUAUCAUUGCAAUUGAUUUUGUGUGGACACUACUAGAAGAAGGGAAGUUUGAUGCCACCUUCAGUUUGUACGAGCUCAUCUGCAACUUUAGAGAGCAAAGAAUGUCCAUAGUUCAAACAGCUGAACAAUAUGAACUUGUUAAUCAAGUUUUAAAAUCUUUAUGUGAAGAAUGGUUAGGGAAAAUGGCUAAACAUACUUAUGUCAAUGUUGAAGUUGCACCGGAGUAUGAUAAUGUGAAUAAUGGUCCACCUCCAGAGGAAACCCCAUAUGAAGAGUUUGAGCCAGGAAAACUCACUGCAUCGCCUGACAAGGAAAUGCCAAAAGAAGCUUUAACUCUAAGUGCUGCCAACAAUAGGUCUUAUGAGGAAGUGGUCAUACAAGAACAGGUGCCCAGUGAAAAUGCACCAGCACCUCCAACACCAAAACACACAACAAUCAUACAAAUUGGCCAAGCCACUAAGACUGAGUCCACGCAUGGGACAGGUGGACAAAAGCCACCGCCUAACCCGAAACCCUCAUCAGUUCCACCUUCAGUUGUUGGACCGCUUGGGGAUGUCUAUACUGCGGUCAAAGUCACUGGACGUAGUUUACGUAAAGAUUCUGACACCUCAGUUGAUGAAGCAGUAAAGAAAGUCUUUCCUGAACCCAGACGUAGUGCUAGCAUUGUCUCUGCCGAUCCAAAAAUCCCACUUAAAAGAAAUAUCUCAAAUGAAGCCACAAGAGAACAAGGAGAUACAAGUCACUACUCGCAGAUAGAGAUCACAAAGAAGGACAGACGUUACUCAGUUGGAAGCAAAUCAACUGUGCUGAAUGGAAAGAUUCCAGGAUUUCAUGAGCGACUGCCUAAAGUACAAGGUCCAGUGUCUUUCCCAGCAGCAUGGUAUCAUUAGGACCCUGUUGGUGAUUUAUGACCAUAUUGGUGAUUGUUUGACCAAACUGACCACAUGAGUAACUUCAUGACAAUCUUGCAGCACCUACUGAUAAAAGGAAUGUUGUUUCCAAAUCAUCAUGUCUUCCAUUUUAAAGAAAAACAAAUUCAGCAAAUUGGCCAAUUCCUAUUUAUUGAUUGCAAUGUAGAUAUGGGUGGUUUGUCUAAGUUGGGUUUUUUUUUGGCUCUGUUUACAGGCGGUAAACAGCCAAAAAUGUAUUUAAAUUUAUGUUACAAAUUGUACUGUGAUCAAAUGUAAUUAUCUUGAAUUAAAUAAUUUUUAAAAUUGUAAUGGAUUGGAAAUAAACUAUUAAAAUUAAACUCGUGAUAAUU